GAUAUAAAGGAGCACGUCGUGACGUCUUAUUAUUAUACUAUCAAAAUGGUAGAAGUGUGUAAAUAUAUCCUCGAUUUCGCAAUAUAUUUGCAUCAUAACAUACGACUACACCUAUAAACUGCACAGUUGAAUGAUUCCCAUUCAUUCAAAAGAAGUUCGUUUGAAGGUAUUUGUUUCGAACAAACGAAUUCUUUAAGAGACCGCAGUUCACCUUUUUGUUGAAACCUAUUCAACGCAGCGAUAAAGUUUACAUCAGAAAAUUAAUUAAAAUCGCCCAAAAUGCAAUCUGUGGCCUGGUCCGUGAAUACAUCAUCUGCAAAAACCGUAACGAGUGAAAUGCUGACACCAUUCGUACAACCAAAAGUUUGUACCACAAAAAUCGAAUUAUCUUUGAGUUGCAAUGGUUUAAUGAACCUUGACAUUGCAUCAAAAUCCGAUCCAUAUUGUGUAUUGUCAAUGAAGGAGAGGUGGCAGAAUGAAAUAUCAUGGAGACAAAUAGCCAGAACGGAAACCAUUGACGAUUGCUUGAACCCUCAAUGGGCCAAGAAAUUCGUUGUCGACUACAAAUUCGAGACGAUACAGGAUAUGAAGUUCGAGAUACGUGAUGACGACUCGGGUGGCAAGUGUGGCAAAUAUCAAGUAAUGGGAGUUUUCCAAACCAUUCUCUCUGAUAUCGUUGCACAUAGUGGGAAACAAUUUGCUGGUAAAUUGAAGAGUUCAUUGGCGGAGGACUGUGGCGAAAUUGUUUUGGUUGCUGAAGAGGUUGCAGCUUGUAAGAAAUUGGUUGAAGUUGAGUUUAUAGCUGAGAAACUCAAGCGACAGUCGUGGUUGAAGUGCAAUGAUCCGUUCCUAGUUAUUUCUCGGUUGAAUGAAGAUGGAUCGUAUUCAGUGGUAAAGAGACCUGGAACUAUCCAAGCACCACGAACGCUAAUGUCGAAACUAUCGUUGGGAAGGCCGUAUACAAUAUGGAAACUUUCAAUACAAUUAACGAGUCUAUGUAACGGCGACUACGAUCGAAGCAUCAAAAUUGAUUGCUAUAAUCGGCGACGGAAUGGAAACCAUCGAUUGAUUGGAACGUGCAUGACAUCACUGCGAAAAAUCGAUGUCGAAACGCUGAAACUGUACAAACCCAAAACAAGUUCCGAAGAUUGCAUACAGACAGGAAAACUGAAAAUAAUCAAAUUCCAAAUUACGGACGAUGUAACAUUCAUGGAUUACAUCCGAAAUGGAACUCAAAUGCACUUCGCAGUCGCUGUUGAUUUUACGCAAUCGAAUGGAAAUUACACUAAUGCAGGAUCGCUACACUAUCUCUACGAAGAUAGUUUGAAUCCUUACCAAAUUGCGCUUCAAAGUGUCGGUGAAAUCGUACAAAAUUACGACACAUCGAAGCUGUAUCCAGCGUUCGGCUUCGGCGCUAAAAUACCACCGGAUGGUGAGAUAUCCCAUCAAUUUCCGUUGAAUGGAAAUCCCAAGCAUCCAAACUGUUCAAGCAUGGAAGAGAUAUUGGUUCACUAUGAAAAUUGCGUAAAAACUGUCGAACUGUACGGACCGACGAAUUUCGCUCCAGUCAUUAACAACGCAAUCUCCAUAGCACGCGAAUUCCAAGACGGAAAACAUUACUUCGUGCUGCUGAUGAUCACCGAUGGCAUCAUAAGCGAUAUAAAGGAAACCAAACAUGCCAUCAUCACCGCAUCAUCCCUACCAAUUUCGAUAAUAAUUGUUGGCGUCGGAAACGCUAACUUUGCUCGCAUGGAUCAAUUGGAUUCGGAUGAGUUCCGUUUGAGGUUGGACGGACGUUUCGCCGAAAGGGACAUUGUGCAGUUCGUGCCACUGAACAAGUUUUUGGGUAAGAGAAAUGAUUCAACAACCGUCAAAUCGAAAGCUGAGCUGGCUAAAAGCGUUCUUGCCGAAAUUCCGUAUCAAUUUGUCAGCUACAUGGAGAAAGUUGGCUACAAACCAGUUUUGAAGUAAUUCUGGUAUACCUCUAACCGACCAGAAGAUGUUGAUUGAAAUGCGAGCGUUUCAAGUCCUGAGAGCUAAAAGAUGGUCGAACACUAAAAAAAGUUCUUUGUUGUCCCCACUUUGAGUUUUUAUACCAAUCGUCACAAAUGCAACAACAAAGAGCUUUUUUGUAAUUGUGAAACCAACAGAAUAAAAUUUCUGUUUUAUUGGUAUGGAUUAAUUGAAAAUCGAUUAGACCAAAUAAUAGCUUUGUACGCUACGCAUGCACAGAAAUUGUGUUGGAAUUGAAAACGCGUAUAAUUACAACAAAUAUAAACAUUGCACGUCACUCGAUGUUUAUGAUGCGCUGCACUUUGUUCCUGUCCAAUAUUAACUAUGUUGCGUUCCAACAUAGUUUCUAUGCGUGGCGGUAUACUGCUAUUAUUCUCGAUGUGGGAUUUUUAGAUUUGACAAAACGGAAAACGAAACUUAUGUUAAUCAAGGGAAGGUUGUAAGUAUGGUGAAUUUUCUCAACCAAUUCACUCACUGAUUGCAAAUUAUAUCUAAAAUGUUUUCAUGCGCGUUGUGUUUUGCCUUAUUUUCUACUCUUCUGGAAGAAUUGUGUUUUCUUGACGACUGGGUGAAUGACAUUUCUAGUAAGAAAAGUGCAGCACUUUCUCUCCCGAGGGGAGAAAAUAGAAAUUUUCUCAUUUGAACUGUCACUUUGAUUAUGUUUUCGAAAAUGGUAUGGCGAAUUGAUGUUUUCGGCAAAAACGGCAAAACAUAACAUGCAUGAAGAACGUUGUGUUCAUCUCUGGGAGAAAUAGGAAAUUUCAAGUCGAGCGAAAUAACGACAGUCGCUUCGCUCUGGUCGCAAUUGGAAUUUCCAAUUUUAUCUUCACUGGUAAACGAAAAACUACUUCACAACGCAGUCGAGAAAAUUGUAGUUUUCUCCCGUCUGCUGAUACUUCGAAAGCCUUUGUUUCGAAAAACGGUGUGUGUUUACCUCGGGAAAAAGGUUAAAAAGUUGGAAAUUGUAUUUUCUCGGGUGACCUACCUCGAAAUGCAAUUUCGAACUUUUCUUCCCUCGUUGAACAAAUAACUAUUAAUGCCCAACCGACCAACUUGCAGCAAUAUUCAAUUUAAUAUUUAGCAUAAUUUUUGGGUGGUUUAAUUCUAGUAGAAAACCACUAUUCCUUACUUCGUUCCUAAAACUUAGGCGUUUUAAGGUCAAUGCUUAUGUGACACUCUUCUUUUUCCGUCCAACUUAAAUAACGGUAGUACUGGUCCAAACAAUGUUAUUCAUGGAAUGACCGAUAACAAUGACCAAAAGAGAAAUCAAAAUUUAACAACAAGCAAAAGUGUCGCGUACGAAAUGAUUGUCUGUAGUUGUAAAGUCACGUGUUCUAGUGCCUAGUCCGCGUUUAUAUAUUUUUCGAUGUGAUAUUCUAAUAUGAUACUAAUUUUUUAAAUAGUUUCGUGUCAGAGCCUUGUUUCUUGGGGAUAAAAGAUUUCUGAAAACACCAUUUCAAACAAUUUACAAAAAAAAACACCAAUGAAACUUGAAGUGCCACCCGCGUAUCUGCAUCUGCGUGACCUCCCCAAAGUUUACAGCCUUGUGGAUAUGAACCUCCUGUUGUGUGCUCAGAUCAUAGAGAUUGUGGUAAAAUUAUUUCACAAAAAAACUAGACUCAAGUUUUAAGAACGAUUAUUUUUGGGAAAACAUUUUCUAAUAUUUUCCUAACUGUGU